AUGGACGACUCACACAAUGCGGGUACGCCACUUUCUCGAGUGCAUUGCCAUGAUGGAGGAGGUCUCAUCGAUGCAUCCAGGGACUUCAUCUUCACCGGGUACACGAAUGCUACGAAGCCUGUCACCGUUCGGGCAUACAUCCCCGGCGGAGAGUCCGAGGUGACAGAACCCAAGACCGACGACUCGUUCAACUGGAACAUGGCACUGCGUGCCGGUACGCCAGUCCUUUUCUACAUGACCGAUUCCGACGGGCGAAACGGCGGUGUAUCCGACCUUAUGACGGUGGGCUCCUCAACCGACGACUCCUGCCUCAAACCUGCCAGUGGAGCUGGGAAUAAGGACUCGGAAGACGGAGAAGGGCUAAGCGUAGGCGUCAUUGCGGGCGCGGCUGUAGGUGCUGUGGUUAUGCUGAUUAUGGGGAUCCUCGUUGGGGUGUUCGUAAUCAGGCGGAGGCGUACCAAGACGGUGCAGUUUGUACAACCGUUGAUGAACGAAACUGGCAUGGGGUACACGUCCCCGACUCAGGGCUUCUUCCACGGUACAUCCCAUGCUUACGCCCCCGUGCCGUCAACAACGGGAUCCAUGCACGAUCGUCAACAGUCGCUCUCCUACUCCAAUAGCCAAUACUCAGCCGGCGGGCCCAGCUCAGCACCUUUCUAUCGGAAAUCGUAUGGACCUCAGGCAGAACUCGUUCAAUCAGACGCGGGAGCUUCAUCAUCGUCAUCUGCACCGGGCCCAUCGCAACCGCGCGUCGUCGUCCACCAGGAUAUUUCGGAGGCGCAGGAGGCUGUAGUGGAGCUCCCUCCUCAGUAUUCGGAAAGUCUCGCGCCUAUCCCGGGACUGAGUGGAGAGGGUAGUAGUAGUACCUCCACACCUAUCAGGCAGGGGAAGUCUUGA